AUGCGUGCACAUCAUCAGCUUUCCAACUCAAGUCAAUCUCCUCCACCGUAUCGAAACAACAUGCAACAUGAUAAUCAACCUAUCAACUAUAAUAGACCGGCCGAAGAACGUAUGGCUGAUUUUCAACAGCUUGUUGCUCGUUAUGAGAUUAAUCAUACAUUUGCAACCAAAUUACGCGUUCUCGAAGGUUACGAAAUCGUCUUCAUUUGUGAUGAUUCAGGCUCGAUGAAUACUCCACUCGGCGAUCUCUCCGGCCCGUUUGAUAAAAUGCCAUCACGAUGGGAUGAACUUAAACAAACAGUGUCAAUUGUAGUUGAUCUAGCAAGUGUUUUCGAUCCCGAUGGCGUCGAUAUCUAUUUCCUUAAUCGAGAACCUAUAUUUCAUGUUCAAAAUUCCGAACAAUUGCUUCCAGUUUUUGCCAUUCCUCCGGCUGGUCCCACACCAAUUGUUCCUGUUUUCCGACGAGUACUUCGUGAUAAGCAACAUGAAAUCGAAGAACGUAAAUUACUGAUACUUUUAGCAACCGAUGGUGUUCCAACUGAUAAUCAAGGUCACCGAGAUAUUCGUUCGUUUGAAUACGUACUUAAACAAGAACGUAAACCAACUGACCGUAUUCCCGUCACUAUCAUUGCCUGUACAGAUGACAAUGAUUGCAUAGGAUACUUGAACGAUUGGGAUAAGAAAAUUCCCAAUCUUGAUGUUGUUGAUGAUUAUCGAAAUGAGAAAAAAGAAAUUCAAGGACGGCAAGGAAAGCAUUUUCCAUUCAGUUUUGGUGAUUAUGUCGUGAAAAUUUUGAUGGGUGGUGUGGAUAGUUGGUUCGAUGAUUUAGACGAAAAGAAAGUGACAACGGAUGGCUAUGGACGACCGAGUACAAGCGGCGAGUCGAAACGAAGGAAGAGAAAAUGUCUUAUUCAAUAA